AGAAACAGCACGGAGGGAGGAGAAGCCAUAAGAUGAAGAAACGUUAUGUGGACGCGAACAGGGGUCGGAAAAUGAAAAAAAUGAAAAUAACGGAGAGGCUGUCUGAAAGUGCUUACACGAUCCUGAAGUUUAUGAUGAUGUGGACGUUGGUACUGCUGGCAGAUUUCAUCCUUGAAUUCAGACUGGAGUACCUAUGGCCAUGCUGGCUCUUCUUUGGCAGCGUUUACACCACUUUCCACUGCCAUGGACUGGUGAUUUGUGUUGUUUUUGUUUGUGCCGCCUUCACCCUGGACAUCUUUUGUUUAAUUUUUGUUCCUUUGCAUUGGCUUUUCUUUGUGGCGAGCACUUACGUAUUAUUCAACUACAUUUGGCACACAGAAAAAGGCAUCUGUAUAUCGACCGCAUCCCUGUGGAUUCUGCUCGUGUACACCGAGGCUUCACUUCGACUCAAAGACCUUAAAACCUCGCAUGCCAACCUAUCUCAUCUUUUUGCUGCGCACUGCAUCGGGUAUCCUGUAGUGUAUCUGGGGUUUUAUGCCACCUGCUAUUUCACCAACAUCUUCAAACUGCGCAUUCAGAAAGCUGUGCAGAGUGAGAACGACUUCCACAUGCACCUCCUGCAGCACUCUCUUCCUCCGGGCCUGCAGGUUUACCCCAAGUCUGGCACAGAUGGCAGCAGCAGCUCAAAAUGGAGGGCGAAGCCUGAGAACACUCAGUACCUGUGCCAAAACGGUGCUGUAGUGUCCCACGAUGAGGGUCACAUUACUGACUGCCUCCAGAUCCGCAGCGAGGAGAGGGCAGCAGAAAGGGGAACCCAGGACGCGAAGUCGGCAGAAUCAAACCGGCGGCCAUCAUCGGUCAGAGCCGGCGAGUCAAAGGAUCUGCACCAAGGUGGAGCAGGAGGACCAGAGUCCUCCACAACUCCAGAAAAUCUACCUCAUGAAGAGCAAGGAAGCAAAGCCACGCGAACGGCGGCAAAAAGUUUCUCGCCAAAAGCCCGCAGAGGCACCACAAACACUCCUUCGCCUCCUGCAGGGAGGACGGAGAAGAAACAGAGAUACAGCUCCAAAACAAUCAGCCCCAACCGGGACUUAAUGGACAAGAGCACCACUCCAGCUCACAAUCACCACGCUGAUCAGAUGACCAAGCUGGAGCAGGAGCUGAGGAGGCUAAAGGGCGAGCUGCAGACGAGCAGGCAGAGCGAGCAGGAGCUGCGAAGUCACAUCUGCAACCUGACCAACAGCGAGAGGAGCCUGAGGCCGGAGGUGUCUCUGCUCAGACAGUCCAACAUGCUGCUGCAGAGCAAGAUUAUGUGUUUGACUAAAACCAAGCAGAGGGACAAACAGAGCAGUGCCAUGCUGGAGAAGAAGACCAGAGCGGAGACGGAGGCCAGACUCUCUCUGGAGAAACAGUUGGCUGAGCUUCAGGCUCACAAACUGGAGGAAGCAGCCAGCGCAGCGCGGAGUCUAACUAACAGGCAGGAACACUGUGAAACCCAAAUGUUAAGAAAGAGAGUAAAAGAUCUAGACACAGAGUACAAACAACUACAGCUGGAAUAUCAAGUGAAAGAGAGUCGAUUGGUAGAUCUAGAGAGUGAUGUUGAGACCUUGGGAAAGUACCGCUGUGUGGAGAAAGAGACGGACAUGCUGCUGUCCACUCUGUCAGCCAUGCAAGAGAAAGCUCAACAUCUGGAGUACAACCUGAGCGCUGAGACUCGCAUCAAGCUGGACCUGUUCUCCGCUCUGGGAGACGCCCGCAGACAGCUGGAAAUCGCUCAAGAUAAAGUCAUGAAGCAGGACCGGGAGAUCCGGGAGAUGAAGCAGAAGAUAGCAGAGGUGAUGGCCGUCAGUCCCGGCGUGUCCUACAUGGCUCCUCGGCCUCCGGUGCCGCAGUAUCUCACCAAGUUACUCACCUCGGAGCGCUACAUGCUGAAUCCACGGGCACUCAUGUACCAGUGCCUGAAGAAAUGAGAAAGGAUUGUAUCCGUUCAGAUCCUCAGACCUCUUUGACAGACCCCUCCUUUAUGGGGGGAGGAUUUUUAUUACAGAGCUAACUGACAUCAUGAAGUCAUCUUCUUCCAACAAGGGGGGUGGAGGAGGGGGAGGAGGGGGGGGGGGGGGGGGGGUGCAGAAUGAGCCUCCACAAGCCAAAUGCCUUUUGCUGCACUGAUGGUGCUAACUUGACAUUAUAAUUUAUAUUUUUUGACUCCUCUCACACCAAGGGGUGAAGAGUUUCACUCAACUAACAGAUAUCAGAUAUGCAGAGCUGCUGUAGGCACGAUUUUAUAAGACACACGGGUCCUUACAGCUUCGAGAAAAGCACAACUCUCUUCAAUUCAGACCCUGGAGAUUUGUCUCAAAUGUAGUCUGGAGUGUAGUUCAGACGUUUCUACGCAAAGGACAAAACUAUGACAUCAUCUUUUCCUAACGAUAGUCGGACAUCUCAGAUCAGUAUAAAUGAAUUUGU